UUGUAAUUUUGUACAUUAGAAAAUUUUCAUCUAUUAUCAAGAGGGGGAAACAUUUCUCCUUGUCGCCGACUUGAAGGCGGUGGUGGCUUGGGUUCUCCAAUUUCAUUUUCGACUAGAUGUGUAGACGUCUCUCAUGGGUCGAUUCUUUUGAGCUUUGUAGAGAGCGAUUCUGGGUAGAGUACAGAAGAAGCGUCAGGCUUUGAUGGAUAGUCUAGUGAUGAAUAAUCAGCUCUGCUGCCACUUAACAGUUUAAAUUGAGUUAAUUUUCCGCUAUUGCAACUACUACAGCUUCAAUUUGACGGGUUUUCAAUAUCAAUUGAAGCUAUUUAGCAAUGGGAGCUUUUAAAUUGGAAAUUCCCUGUCCAACGAAAGUUCUUGAGAUCGCAGCAGACCCUGAGCCUGAUUGGAGUUUUAACGCUCUGUUAUCAGAGCUCAAGUCACUUGAAAAGAAGCUCGAUGUCUCCUAUAAAACCCAAUCUCGAGGCCUUCCAAAGUGGAGGAGUGUGGAAAGGAGGCCUGUGGCAUUUACAAUGCGCAUUUCUGAUGAUGAGAUGGAGGAUUCCGAAAGUGAAGCUGAAGAGGAUCAUGGGCCAAGUUCGGUGGUGGUGACACGGUUUAAUUGUGAUAAUAUUUAUGUUAGUGAUAGUGAUGACUCUGUUUCUGAGUUAGCUCUCGAUGGACAAUCCUAUUUAAUGGAUGAAGUAGGGUUAGUGGAAGGUGCCCUAUCUGAGCUAAGCCCUCAGCUUCAAAUUAAGGAGAAUAUUAGAAACCAAAUCUCAGAAUUAGAGGUAGAGUUAAUGAGAGAAAGUGGAAAAUCUCAUUCAGCCUUCACUCGAAUUCAGAAGUAUAUGCAGGCAAGAAAGGAAUCAGACCGAAAAUUUGAUACCCAAUAUCAGCGUAAAAUUGCUGAAGCAUUGGAUAAUCACUUAACUGCAAUCCAGCGGGAUCAUGAACUCAAAUCACAAAUAGAAGAAAGAAGAAUAAGAAGUGAUGCAGCCCAUGAAGAGGCUAAAAGAAAGGAAAAGGCUUUGCAAGAAGAAAGAAUGCGUCAAGAGAGAGCUAAAGCAGAAGCAGAGGCUAAACGUAAAGCUGAGGAAGCUAAAAUGGCUGUUCUAGAAGCGGAGAGAAAAACAGCACAGGAAGCUGCUGAAAAGGAAGCUGCUGAAGCCUCAAAAAGGGUAGCUUCUGUAGUCCCACAAGGCGAUGCUUCUGGACAAGUAAAUGUUAGUUCAGUAAAUAAGAAUCUUCUUUCCCAAGGACCUGGAUCCAAUAGAACUGAUAAAUCAGAAUCAGCAGCUGACAUUGUGAGAGCGGCAGAAAGUGCUUUGAAUCUAGAGCAAGGAAGACUACAGAAGCUUAAAAAGUUGGAGGAAGAGAACCAGGCUCUGAAAUUGAGCUCUAAUGUGGAUUUCAGCAACAGUGAAAGGCAUAUUGCUAGGUUGAUAAGACAAAUAAGGGGGACACAAGAGAAUGUUAGAACAAAAUCAAGUGAACUUAUUAAAAUUUUCAAGAAUCCUUCAUGUCCUCAGGCUAUCAGCGUUGCAACCUUUGCAAGGAAGGUUGCUUCCCACUGUGAAAUUCCUGAUAAUGCUGCUUUUGCAUGUGGCCAUGUCAUUGUUCUUGUUACCUCACAGGUCCCACAUGCUAUGGAUCUUCUUCUGGCCGAGUUCCAUAGAGCUUGCAUCUAUACUGUCCCAAAGCAUGUAGUAUACUUGAAGUCAGCAUUUGGAUCAAAAGAGGCCUACUUCAAAACCAUUGGAUAUCAAGAACAUGAUGGGAAGAUUGAAAGCACAGGAGAUUAUUUGAAACGAUUGGAAUCCUACAUGAAACUAUAUGGCGCUCUGGUUCAGACAGAAAUCCAGGGAAUCCAGAACACUCAUGGUCCAAAAGAAGGCUGGGCAUGGCUUGCAAGGUUCUUGAAUACUCUCCCAGCAAAUAUAUAUACUGCUGUUGCAUUGAAGGCAUUCCUGCAAACAGCAGGGUUUGUUCUCUUCAGAAAAUACAAAUCCCAGUUUAGGAAGAUGCUGAACAUUAUCUCAAAUGACUUUCUGAAGGCACUGAAAGAACGCGAAGAUCCAAAGCUGAAAGCAGUAAUAAUAGAGAUUGAAUCCUACAUAGAAGACACUAAGUUCCUUCAGGAACCUGAAGGAUGGAGUUUGCAGAGUUCAUUGCUAUCAAGUGUUAUGGUGCCCGACUCAGAACCAAGUAGAGGUUACUACUAUUAUUGACCAGAAAUUCCAGUGUUAUGGUGCCUGAAUCAAAAUAAACGCAUCAUCUCGGAGAGAUGUAUUAUGUUAUUUGUUGCAUCGGAAAAGAGAGGAAAAAGGAAGUGCUAUUCAUGGCUGCUUUAGGCUCUUGAUUUUGUCAGGUUGUAUUGGCAUUUUCCAUUGCCUUCAUUGUGAGUUUUAGCAUCAAUGUUGUAGUAAUAGUACUUGCAAAGAGAGCCUGGAGAAACCAGAAUCAUUUGAUUAUCCGGUCUAUAAUUUGUACCUACCUUAAUUGUCCUACCUGGAAUCACUAGAUUGUUCAAAUUUCUUGAGAGUUGAGAACAUCCCAAUAUAUGCAAAAAUGGGUUGAGAUGGUUUUCUCUUUU